AUGGCCACCCCAAAGAGACGCAAGCUUGAGACCUCUGAAGGGUCUAGACCAAUGAGCGCUUUUGCUCUGAGGCAGCAACUUCUUGCGGCCAGCCCAUCUUUGUCGCCAGCUCCGCAGUCCGAGCCGGCUCCUGAGUCCCAGGCAUCCACUCCGACCCCUGGGCGUUCUCCGGCCAGAACGAGGCCACCCAAGAGGACGGGGAACGCCGAAAGAGCAGAGGAGCCUUUGCAACAGCAGGUUGCAGUGUCUGGCAGCCCGAAAGGUCAAGCUGGCGAUGCGGCGUGGACGCUGAGGCACCUGCAAAGCCAAUACCUCAGCAAUUUUCGACGUUUAGGCCAAACAAAAGCAACUCGCCGCUUCUUGGUUCUAGGAAGCUACGGAAUCAAGGUCAUUAGCGGCGAAGUCACAGUUGCUGGAGCUACCAUACGGCCGACAGACGGCAUUCAAUGGGUUCACGCGCCUCAUUGCCACGGCAUACCGGUGGUUCGCUGCUCCGAUGAGACGACCCUGGAGCUCCAUCCGCACCCGCAGGCUGCCAGCCUUCGCAAGCUCGAACGACUUUCACCACUUUUCAGAAGUCUUUGGAACGAACCAGAAGAAACCAAGUCGAGCAAGAAACGGGCUGCCGUGGACACAUACAAGAUUAUCUGCACUGCCGAUGACGCCCCUAAACGGGCCCUGAUCCAAGACCUGCGCUCCCUUCCUGCAUGGAAUAAGAAACUGGCGGGUCUCGCAAAGAUUAAACAAGAUCCGGCUCUAAGCGUUAUGCUUUGUGGUCCGAAAUCGUCUGGAAAAUCGACGUUUGGCCGGAUACUUAGCAACCGCCUUCUGACCACUCCCGGACAGCGACGCGUCGCUCGUUCGGUGGCCAUCCUCGACCUCGAUCCUGGACAGCCAGAGUACACUCCUGCAGGCACAAUAGCCUUGGUUCAGAUCAGAGAGCCCAACCUGGGGCCGUCAUUCACACACGUUGCAACAGAUGAGCAAGCUGUAUCAAUUAUUAGAUGUCACUCCAUUGCGUCCGUCUCUCCAGCAUCAGACCCAGAGUUGUAUCUGGAAUGCGCUCUGAAUCUAUACUCUCACUACCAAAGUACUUGUCAAGGCUUGCCCUUGAUCAUCAACACACCUGGCUGGGUUCUGGGAACGGGUCUCGACCUCUUGACCGAACUUGCAUCCAGCUUCAAACCGACCGAAGUCAUUUACAUGUCGGAAGACGGUCCUAGAGAGAGCGUCGAGGGCCUUCGGGCGGUUUGUAAAGCAACUUUGAGCACGCUUCCCUCUCAGCAGUCGGAGUUUACUUCCAGAACAGCAGCGCACUUGCGGGCAAUGCAGGCUUUGGCCUACUUCCAUACGAGAAGGUCGGCGCCGAACCAGAUAACGUGGGACCCAACACCACUAACAACAUCACCGCCCUUGUUGGUCAACUAUAAGGGGAGAAAUCGCGGGAUACUUGGUGUUAUCAGUUACGAAUAUCAGCCGCCCCCCGAGCUGCUGACGGAAACCAUUAAUGGAUCCAUAAUGUGUCUGGUCGAGACCGUAGACUCCAAGGCAUUCGGCCGUCUGAGAGGGAGCAUCAAGGGCGAGGAAAUGGACGUAGAUGACGCAGAGUCAUCUGCAAAGUUGGAAGAGUUGGUAUCAAGAACCACGGAAGGUGUUCCAUACAUCCCAAAUUCCGAUGCCCAGACCUUGGACCCUCGGUACUCGCAAACUCUCGGUCUUGUUCUACUCCGAGGCAUCGACACAAAAGCGGGUGCCCUACAGAUGCUGACGCCAAUUCCGUUGGAGCGUAUCAUGGCCGCCAAAGAAGCUGGUCAUCAACUAGUGCUGAUCCACGGAAAGCUCGAUUCGCCUGGUUGGGCUUACACAGAAGACUUGUACUAUCAGUCGUUUGGCAGCAAUGAUGCCGACAAGGACGAUACUGUGGAGGUUAUGGACGAGGACACGGAGAGUGAUGAUUCAGAUAAGGAGCCCGAGAACCCUCACUUGGCUGGUGAUGUCAACGGCAUUCCGUGGAUCGAAGUGCUCCAGGGUCAUGAGAAACGCCCUGUUGGAUCACGAGUCUGGAGAGUGCGGCGCGAUCUCGGCCGCGGUGCAGAUUAA